AGUAAAACGCGUUUUUCACGAUCAUUGUAGUCAACUUCCUGCUCCUCCCCUUGGAACAAGAACAAGAAUAGCAACAACAUUAAAAAAACUCACCAACUCUCCCAAACUCCAAAACUCACAAAGAAAGAAAAAAAAAACCCUGUCUUUAUUACAUUUCUUUUCAAUAAACAACAACAUGAAACAGAAGCUUGAAACAAAUUAAAAACCUCUCAUUUUGUAGAGUCCUGUGAAGCAAAAAAACACUUUUUCCUUUUUUUUUUCUAUGGAAAACCCAAGAACAAGAGGUGGCAGCUGCUUGAGCUCAUGUUCUAGCCUAGAUGCUUUGACUACUACACUUAGUAGCUCAAUUCAAGCUCUGGGUCGUGGAUUUGAUGUCACUUCAGAUAUAAGGCUGUUGUAUUGCAAAGGGGCACCUGGGUCAAGGUUGGUUCAACUUGAAGAAGAUCAUACCAACGAUCUUGUUUUGUCUGGUGGUGUUAUUGUGCCCAAUGUGUCUGUUGACAUUGAGUGGUCAAUGGGCAAAGGUGGCAUCGAGAGAAAAUCAGUUUGUAGCUUUCAUGAGAUGUCAGGAUACUUUAAUGAGAAAUCUGGUAUGUCAGGGCAUGUUCCACUUGGAAGCUUUAAUGCCAUGUUCAAUUUCACUGGUUCUUGGCGAGUUGAUGCAGCAGCUACAAAAUCCCUUGCCAUGGUUGGAUAUUUAAUUCCCCUAUGUAAGGUCAAAUUAACAAAGCUAAAUUUAGCUCUGCAUGAGGAAGUCAGACGUGCUGUUCCUUACACUUGGGAUCCCGCAUCCUUGGCAAGUUUUAUUGAAAAUUAUGGUACACACAUUGUUACCUCUGCUACAAUUGGUGGGAGAGACGUUGUUUACAUCAGACAGCACCAGUCAUCUCCUUUGUCAGUAAUUGACAUUGAGAACUAUGUGAAAGACAUUAGGGAUCAAAGGUUUCUGGAUUCCAAAGGCCAGUCAAGUGCUGCACUGUUAAAAUACAAGGACAAGGAUGUUACAGUCAUUUUUAGGAGGAGAGGAGGUGAUGACCUUGAGCAGAGUCAUGCCAAGUGGGCCGAGACUGUAGAAUCAGCCCCUAAUGUUAUCAACAUGACAUUUACUCCCAUCGUUUCUCUUCUUGAAGGAGUGCCUGGUAUAAAACAUUUGGCCCGUGCAAUUGAACUAUACUUGGAGUACAAGCCACCUAUUGAGGAUUUACAAUAUUUCCUGGAUUUUCAAAUUGCUCGAACUUGGGCUCCAGAACAGAGCAACAUUCAAAGGAAGGAACCUGUGUGUACCUCCCUUCAGUUUAGCUUAAUGGGUCCCAAGCUUUAUAUCAGCCCAGAUCAGGUAACAGUUGGCCGUAAACCAGUCACUGGGCUUAGGCUUAAAUUAGAAGGCAACAAGCAGAACAGACUUGUAAUUUAUUUGCAGCAUUUAGUGUCUCUUCCAAAAAUCCUUCAACCCCAUUGGGAUGCUCACAUGGCCAUAGGUGCACCCAAGUGGCAAGGUCCUGAGGAGCAAGACAGCCGUUGGUUCGAGCCCAUCAAGUGGAAAAACUUCUCCCAUGUAAGCACUGCGCCAAUAGAACACACUGACACUUGCAUUGGAGACUUCUCAAGCGUUCAUAUUGUCACAGGGGCUCAGCUUGGUGUUUGGGACUUCGGUUCCAAAAAUGUAUUACACCUUAAACUCCUCUUCUCCAAGGUACCAGGGUGUACAAUAAGGCGAUCUGUAUGGGAUCAUAGUCCCUCCAGCCUUUCUAGUGGACAGAGAGCCAAUGGAUCUUCAUCAUCAGUUUCAAAUGAGAGAACUUCUGAGGAUAAGAAGGAAGAUAAUUCAAGCCAUGUUGGGAAACUAGCUAAAAUUGUGGACUCGACUGAAAUGUCAAAAGGACCACAGGAUAGUCCAGGUUACCCUUUUUCCACUUGUAAGUAUAGUCAAGCAUUCUUUGCACAGGUGAUCCUCCUUCAUUGUACAUUGUGCUCUUUUGUUUCUUUGUUUGUCGUUACAGUUGAUAGUCAGAUUAUUAGGUAUUUAACUCAUUUCCUCAAUUUAGUUUCAAUAUUCGAUUAUUAGAAAACCAGGCUAUGUUACCCAAUAAACAUCACAUUGUUAUAUGAAGUGCUUGUUCUGGUUCUC